GGGGCCGUGACAGUUCAAGCAAAGCCUAUUGGUGAGGGAGUUUCUGUGUGAGCCUUCUUAAAGAAGUGCUUCCUUUUUAAUCAUAAUAUUGUGUGGGAAAGCGCGCUAGACACUUUUCUCUAAGAGACCAGAAGAUUUACAUAAUUCUUCUGCUUCUAUGGAAAGAGAAGAAAUGCGGAUACAACAUUCUGUUAUGGCUGUAAGCUUUGCAUUUACCUGUACUGUGGAAAGUUAGUUUCCUGUUUUCUGAGAUGCAUUUCUCAGAACAGGAUGGUUUUGAAGAUGACUUCAGUAGAAGUGGUGUUGCUGCCCACGAAAGGGUUACUUCUGGAAUCUUGUCUCAGACUAUGAACUACGUAGGACAACUUGCAGGACAAGUCCUGGUUACUGUGAAAGAGCUGUACAAAGGCAUUAAUCAAGCAACCCUUUCAGGAUGCAUUGAUGUCAUUGUGGUCCGGCAACAAGAUGGUACAUACCAGUGUUCUCCUUUUCAUGUCCGAUUUGGGAAGCUUGGUGUAUUGCGCUCUAAAGAAAAAGUGAUUGAUAUAGAAAUAAAUGGUGAUGCUGUUGAUCUUCAUAUGAAACUGGGUGACAAUGGAGAAGCUUUCUUUGUACAAGAAACUGAAGAGGAAAAUGAAAAAGUACCUGCAUAUUUGGCAACAUCUCCAAUACCCACUGAAGACCAGUUUUUCAAAGACACUGACAAUCAUUUGAAAUCAGAUGAAAAUGAGAGGACAUGUGUAAACUCAGAAAUUCCACACCCUGUGGAAACAGAGACUGUGUUCACCCCAGGUUCUGUGAAAAAGAAAAAAAGAAGAAGAAAGAAAUACAAACAAGAUAGCAGGAAGGAAGAUCAGAUCUCUUCUGCUGGGACGGAAGAGAUUUUUGAAAUGGAAAUAAGCUCAGAUGAUGAAAAAAGUGUUCAACCCCUAAGAGGAUCUUCAAAUUCAUCACCAAAGGGUGAAGAACAAAAAGAAUCUUUGAUUUAUCACUCAAAGGAUCAUUACCCCCUAUCUGAUGGAGACUGGUCCCCUCUGGAGAACCCUUUCUCUGAGCCAGUCUGCCCUAAAAGUGAUUCAGAACUAGAAGUUAAACCUGCUGAGAGCUUGCUCAGAUCUGAAUCUCACAUGGAAUGGACGUGGGGAGGAUUCCCAGAAUCAACCAAGAUAAGCAAGAAAGAGAAACUGGAACAUUGUAGGACAGCUACCAUUACUCCAUCAGAGAAGACGCAUUUUAGGGUCAUCCUCAGCUCUGAUGAAGUUGAAGAUGAUGAUGAUGUGAAAGAUUCUGUCUGUACAGUGCUGAAACCUGAGCCAAGAACUCAUCCUCUGCUUAAGCAGAUGGAUGUUAAAGAUUCUCUUGCUUCUGCAAUCAUAGAACCACAAGAUCCAUUGCCAUUAGAUGCUGAGCAUCAUUCCAGACUGUUGGUGGACCCUCUACCAGAAGCAAAAGCAAUAGCAAAAGUUGACUCUCCUUCAAAAAAGAAAGGGGUGCACAAGCGAAGUCAUCAUCAGGGGCCUGACGAUAUUUACUUGGAGGACCUAAAAGCAUUGGAACCUGAAGUUGCAGCACUCUACUUUCCCAAAAGUGAUUCUGAUCCGGGCUUCAGGCAGUGGACAGAGUCGGAUAACCUUUCCGGUUCCCAGUCACCCCAGUCAGUAGGAAGUGCUGCUGCUGACAGCGGUACAGAGUGCAUGUCUGAUUCUGCUAUGGACUUGCCUGAUGUUACACUUUCACUUUGUGGAGGUCUCAAUGAAAAUGGAGAGAUUUCUAAAGAAAAGUUCAUGGAACAUAUUAUUACUUAUCAUGAAUUUGCUGAAAACCCUGGACUCAUAGACAAUCCUAAUUUGGUAAUAAGGAUUUAUAACAGGUAUUAUAACUGGGCGUUGGCUGCUCCAAUGAUUCUGAGUUUGCAGGUGUUUCAGAAGAGUUUGCCUAAGGCUACUGUCGAGUCUUGGGUCAAAGAAAAGAUGCCAAAGAAAUCCGGAAGGUGGUGGUUCUGGCGCAAGAGAGAAAGCAUGACUAAACAGAUACCGGAGGCAAAGGAGGGGAAAACCGAGACACCAAGAGCAAAUGAACUGCCAGCAACUAUAAAAGAGCAAGUUAAUAGUAGACCUCCAGAAGAUGAUUCUUCUAGUGAUGAAGCAUCACAGGAGUUGAAGGAAUCACUGAAAAUAGAUUCUUCCCCAGUAGAGCAUCCAACCCAUGGAAACAUUACAUCUUAUAAGAAGUCACUUAGACUGUCUUCGGACCAAAUAGCAAAGUUGAAGCUCAGAGAUGGCCCCAAUGAUGUCGUAUUUAGUAUUACAACCCAGUAUCAAGGGACUUGCCGUUGUGAAGGAACAAUAUAUCUCUGGAACUGGAAUGAUAAAAUCAUCAUAUCGGACAUUGAUGGAACAAUAACAAAGUCUGAUGCUUUAGGACAUAUCCUCCCUCAGUUUGGCAAGGACUGGACUCAUCAGGGCAUUGCAAAACUCUAUCAUUCCAUAAAUGAAAACGGCUACAAAUUUCUGUACUGUUCUGCCCGUGCCAUUGGGAUGGCAGAUAUAACCAGAGGAUACCUACACUGGGUGAAUGACAAAGGAACAAUUCUCCCCAGGGGCCCUCUCAUGUUGUCCCCCAGCAGUUUGUUUUCUGCCUUUCAUAGGGAAGUAAUAGAAAAGAAGCCUGAAAAGUUCAAAAUCGAGUGUUUGAAUGAUAUCAAGAAUUUGUUUGCUCCCAGUAAACAGCCUUUCUAUGCUGCUUUUGGAAACAGGCCCAAUGAUGUAUAUGCCUACAUGCAAGUGGGAGUUCCAGACUGCAGAAUAUUUACUGUGAAUCCAAAGGGUGAACUGAUCCAAGAACGGACUAAGGGAAACAAAUCUUCGUAUUACAGACUAAGUGAGCUUGUAGAACAUGUGUUCCCGUUGCUUAAUAAAGAACGGAAUUCUGCAUUUCCAUGCCCAGAAUUCAGCUCCUUUUGCUACUGGAGAGAGCCUCUUCCUGACCUUAACAUGGAUGACCUGGCCUGAAAAAUACUUCUCGCUUCGAGAUGGAAUUUCGUAUUCAGCAACUCAACUUCAGUUUAAAUGUGAAGAACUUUCUUAACAAAGAUGCUAAUUUAUAUAUUGGUACCAUAAGUCUUACUAAAAAAAUCACUUUAACUCUGUUGGUUUAAAGCAAAGAAAAUGCAAAGUUACUGUCUAUUUUUUUUGUGGGGGGGUUAUUUUUGUUUGUUUGUUUGUUUCUUUAUUGCUUGUCUUUAUAUACCUGUUCUAAGGCACUUGAGAUUGGCCUGUCAUUGAUGGUCAUGGUACCCAAGUGCUUCAGGGCAACUAAAUGCUGAAGUAAGCUAUGACUUUGCAUUUUCAUCAAUACAGACCUUAUUGUAAACAUAGAAUAUUUUUUUUUUUAUUAGUCUUAAUAGUAUAUUUUCUAAAAUGAAGCCAAAAAAAGCGUAUGGAAACUGCCAAAUAGAAUGUCAGACCUAUUAAUAAGAAACGUGGUCUAAUGUUCAGAUGGGCAAUUAGGCCAUUUUUGAAAGGAGCCGGAACUUAAGACCAGUGUGCUCUUUCUUCGCUAAAGUACAGGAAAUGUGUCAACGUUACUUAGCCUGACGGACUCUGAAGACAUAAAAUCCCUCCUUAAAUGUAAAUAUGCCUUUUGUCACGUGUACAAGACUGUGCUUGUACAAUUCACACUCAAAGCUAACUCUGCUUAUUACUUUUUUUUACAUGAAAUGCUUACUCUAUUUCAUGAGCUUGUUAAAAUGAAAGUUGUCUUCAGAUACUUGUAUGGCUUUUGUUGUUUUCAGGCUGCACUAUGUCAUGUUGAAUCUCCAUCGAGAAAAAUCUUGAACAUUUCUGUAAGAGUUAGGGAGCUGGCAUUUUUAUUUCUAUUUUGAACACAGAGAUGAUGCAUACGUGUGUGUAUCCUGUGUAGGCCAGUAAAACGUAUGUACAGAUUAUAUUCAGGGAAUUGUAAUACUGAAAAAAUUAUGUAUUUAAUUUUUUUAAUUGUCUACUGCAGGUCUUUCCAGAAUUCCAUAUUGUAGGUUUUCAGUAGCUGGAAGGAAAUGCAGCUGAAUAGUAAGAUUCCAGGUAUGAAAAUGGUUAAAUGCUGCAGAGCAGAAGACGACCUUUUUUUUUUCUUUUUUUUUUUUUUCAGUUUUGGGUUAUUCAUAAGCAUCAUGCUGGUUAUUCCUCGGGUUCAGAUCAGAGCCUGCGAACAAAUUGCAUUCCGAAUCUAGUAUUUAUCAGCUGUAAAAGCAGUAUUUCUCUCUCCAAAAAUACUUCAGGGCAAAGGUAGCUCUGCUUUUUAGGUUGAGUUAGUGCAUUUAACCUCCUUCAGACAGAUCUGUGGUGAGAAUGUAUCCUACCACCAGCCCAGAGGGCUUAAGGACUAUAGUUGUUUAAACAUGAAUACUGGGCUUUCUGGGCACAGAGUCUUUUCUGUCACUCCUUAAGCAAGUUCCUGGGACCAUUGAAGAUCCUUCCAGGGGCAAUGUCCAGAAUUUCCACCAGGCUCCGGGGUGAGCCCAGCCCCGUGCACAGCUCCCAGUGGGAGCAGGGAAGUGUGAGUGAUCUUUAGAAGGUCUUUACUGAAGGUGUUUGCUCCUUGCUGCGGUGCCUGCACCAGGGAUGCUUGUCUCAGGAACAGCUUGGGCCAGCCCUUCUGCUCCAUCUUACCUAGGCUGAAUGUAGGAAAGGAGCUCUUUUUGUUUCACUACCUGCAGAAGAGGACAUUUAGAAGAUUUUGCCCCCACCCCUUCACCCCAGGAAUGCUUUCUUUCCUCUCUCAGACUGAGUAGCGUUAACCCACAGUGCUGAAGUACCACCAGCUGACACUAGACAACUGGUGAACUGCUUGGGGGGAUAAUUUUUAGAUCACUAUAUAAAUGAAAUUACUUUUUUUUCCCCUCCCUUUGUAAAACUCUAGUGUAUUCCUGUGUUUAUAGAACAUUAUAUAAAGAGUGGGGACAAGCAAAGUCACCUUGGAACCUCUGUUUCAAAGCAGUAGUGUGAGAGUGGAAAGAAAACACACCCAUCUGUCAGGGUGUGCCGUGCACCUCAGUGAAUUGGAAGGCAUCCUUCUUCUUGGACAGUGAGAAAAACACUUUAUGUGACUUGCAGCAAAUUCUUGGUCCUGUCACCAAUCUGCUCGGUGUUUACAUGGGUUUCACAGGAUUCAACUCAAAGGAUAUGUUGCUCUUGCUGCUUUUUUCUUUUUUUUCUCAGAAGCUUACAAACAUCAUUCCGUUUUUUUUUCCCUUUUCUUACCUUUUAUUCCAUAGAUUUCAUUAGAAACUGAAAUUUUCAUGAUCACCAAGUGCUUUGAAUAUCAAUGGGAUUUGAGCUUUUAAUAAAUAAGAAUCCAACAAAAUAAAAUAUUUUAAUUACAAGAUGAAAAUUUCUAGCUAAAGAUUCUAUUUUACAUAAAGGGAGUGAAGCUGCCUCUCCUAAAACAAUCCUUUGUGGAUGUCAAAAUUCUCAUAAUUUAUUCCUAGUGGCCCUGGUGUUGCACAGGUUUGCUAAAAAAACCCCAACUAUUCACUUUAUGAAACCGGGAUGGGUUUCCAAAUAGGGCAGGUUGUUACCAAGGUCUGGCUGUAUCUUUCUUGGUUGACUUUUUUACUUGGUUAAUUUUUUUUCUUCGCUUCCAUUCAUCUUUUUAGAUUGUCAUAAAGAUAAGCUGUGGAAUUAAAGGAGGGGACUUGAAUAAAUGAGCAGUGUGGAAAAAUAGUAUCAGGUAUACCUCCAGAUGCAUAUAGUUUCAGCUGGUUUGAAUUAGAAUAUGGGAGCCGUGUGGUUAGAGAGCUCCUCAUUCUGCUAAUCUGUCACUUCGCAUUAUAGGGAUGUCCAAAAAGUUGCUUAGUUAAAAAUUUUGCUUUUUUGCUCAGUAACAGCUACACUUUUGAUAUUUGUUUUUUGAUAAAAUGUAAAAGUGUUCUUGAGUAUUUCUGAUAUGAGUCGGGCAGGGGUUUUGUUUUGUUUUUCUAAAUCUGGCUGGUAUUUCAAGCUAUUCAGAUUGGUUGCUAACCCUCCUUAGGGACAGACUACGGGGGCGCUGCACCUGCCAUCAUGUACCUAUGUGAUUUGGGCUGCUGGGCACUUUACUGACUCUAGAAAAGACAUCUCGUUACUAUCAAACUGUGGGCUUGUGCUGCAAUAUUAAUAUGAAGUGGGGUAAAUAAGAAUUAUGCAUUAGCCUGUCCUUUGGUACCUUUGUCGAGAGAAGUGGCCUGAAACUAAUGUUUGAGAACAAGUUGUGCUGUACUUAUUUAAAAUUAGCGCAAGCUGAAUCAUUCUUUCUGUGAAAGAGGAACUUCUAAGUGUGUGUGUCUGUAGGCACACGCACACCCCUGUUAAGACUGUGUUGUUGAAGAUGCAGAUCCUCUUAGCGUUGGAACCGUGUCAAAGGCUGAGUCAACCAUACCUAUCCGGGAAUAAAUGUGGAACAUUGCAAUUCAAAACUUGUUAGUGACUUGGACAUUGCCCAUUUCAAUAAUGAUUUAAAGAUCAGUAACUUCAGUGGUACACAUUUCUGGAUUAUUUUUUUUUUUCCUUUUAACUGUACCAAGCAUGUUUGUACUUCAAAAGGUUGGGCUCUCAUCCCUAAGAGUAUACAAUUGCAUGUGCAAUCUUGGCUCAAGUACCCUUGGCUUCUUGUCAUCAGUAUACUCCUUUUAAAACUUCUUUUUCUUUUUCAACUGGAAAAGUUUUAACACUUGUGUCAACUCCAUUAUGGAACUUCUGAAGGAAACUCUGAAUCCACUUAUGGUAAAGACAUGAGAGAUGAGAUUUCAUGUUAAUAUUUCAUACAAGUCUUCUAGAAAAUGCCGUCAUACGAAUGAGAGUUGUUUAAAUGACUGUAACGCAAAUUCAUAGUGAAACAUCAAAAAUACAUAGUGAAUUUGAGAUGCCUUUAAAGUGUCACUUUUGCCUGAAGAAGUUUUAGUUUCCGAAGGUAAAUCCUGCUGAAUAGAAUGGAAUUGUUUGGGCUAUUUUUUACAGUGUUAAUUACUUCCAGAUGAAAGUUGAAAUGUUGGUUUAUUUUGAGGGUGGGAAAACUCUCUUCAAUCAUUUGUUUCAUUUUUAUGUUAAAGAUGUGGAAUACUUGAUUGUUAAGCAACUCAAUCACUAAUAAGGUAGUGUGUUUAAAAUUGUCAAAUCUGUGAUCAUACCAAUACAGUGGUUUUUGUUAAGACUGGACUAUCUUGGGUACAGUAACCCACACUUCAGUGCAAUGUUUAUUGAUGUUCAGAACAAUGUUAUCACAAUAAACAAACUUAAACUAAAA